UCACACAUUUGCAAUUGAACUGGAACCAGUGUAGGCCACUGUGUGCGCGUUUUACGUAUUGAGAUGAUGCCCCGAUCCCGAUGUUAAUGCCGCCGUAUAUUUCUGUAUGUGCGUCUCCGUCUAGAUCGCCGCGGUCUGUGUGUUUCGGCAACUGAAAUAAACGAAAUAGGAAAUUUUGGUAUUUCUUUUAUAAAUAGAUUUCGCCAUACGGAGAAAAGUUAAAACGAGGAAAAUGUGAAAAGUGAAUGAAACGCACGAAAAUUUGUUAAAAAUCAAACCGAAUUACAGGCCACAAUGCGGCCAGAGUGAAUUGAGCAAAUUGUGAGUUGUUCGAGUGAGAAAACUUGAUGAGAUACAAAUCAAAAUCAAAUUGGAUUAGACAAAUACAGUUCAAAUGCACCACACUCGGAUAUAUAUUAAUAGACAACGACUAAAAUGUGAAUUUUUCGUACAUAUAAAUUGUGAGUGCAGAUAAAUAUCAGUGAAAAGAAUAAUUUAAAGGGAAAGUUACAUUAAGUGAAUUCAAUUGUUGAGAGGCAUUUGACAAAAUGCAAGCGUCUUCGACGACAACAACAACAACGACCAAAACUAAAAAGCUGAGCAGCAACGGCGGCACCGGCAGCGGCCCCGUCAGCUCGGUGGCCAUGACGAGUGCCAGUAAAAUAACAACAACAACGACAACAACACGCAAGCCGGCAGGAACUGCUGGACAAAGCCCCAAAUCACCCAAAGCUGUGCCGGUGAUCAGCAACGAUGCGCACGCUGAGAUCGCAGAGCUGUCAAAGAAGAUCAGCGAACACGCCGACGCCAUCUAUCACACGUGGAAGAGCCGGGGAUUGCCGCCCGCACAGCUGCUUGAAAUGUACACAAACGCGGCGGCCUCGGGCGAUUUUGCGGAUGUUGCUGUUGCAGCUGCGACGGCAACGGCGGACAUUAGCAGCACUGAGGGCUUGCAGAAGAUGGUCACCAGCUUUGUGAACAAAGACAAAGAACAGAGGGGCAAAAGCGGUGUUAAAAAAUCAUCGGAAGUGGGCGUGACCCCACAGACGAUUGGCAAUGGGAAGCUGAAAAAAACAACAGCAACAGCAACAGCUACAACGGCAACAGCGCCAACAACUGCAACGAGCAAAGGCAGUAAACCGAGUCAAAGCGAUCAGGCAUUGCAAUCGCCCAAAAAAGUGGCUGCAGUUGCAAGUAAAACGUUGCCCGAUGUAAAUCUCAAUUAUGACAUCAAUUUACAUCUGGAUGUUAACAAUUUGUCGCAGCAACAGACGCAGCACUUGCUCAAAAUCAGCGAGUUGCUGCAAAAAGAGGCAGCAGCAGCAACUGCAGUCACGGCGGCCUCAGCAACAGCAGCAGCAGCAACAACAACAGCAGCAACACCUACAAAAAAGCGACAGAGUAACAGCAGCAGCAAAACAAGCAGUAGCAGUAGCAAUACUUUAGUCAAUAACGGCAGCAACAGCAAGUUAACAGCAACAUCACUAAACAGCAAGAAACUAAGUAAAGCCAACAGCAACAGCGAAAGUGCUGUGGAUAAUGUAGACGGUACUCGUGUGGGCGUGGCAGUGAUAGGUGUGACAGAUAAAGGCGCCAGCGAGUCCACGAGCAGCAAUCGUAAAGUAAGCAAAACCAAAGAGAACAACAGUGAACAACAGAAGCCGGCAAUGGCUACAACGACAACAACAACAGCAACGAAUGCAACCAAAGAAAAGCCAACGAUCACGAGGAAAAUGGCUAACAGUCGAAACAGCAGCAGCAGCAGUGGCAGCGGCGGCAACACUGAUAACAGCAACGCCAGCAACAUUGUCGCAAACGCGAAGGCAACCGCAACCGCAACAGCAACAGCAACACCAACUGCAACUGCAGCAGCAACAGCAACGAUCGUUGAAUCGCCCGCAACAUCGGCGGACACAACGAUGCCAACGUUGAAUAAAAUCAAACCGACAAGCGGCAGCCGUGCAGCGCUCAGCAAUGGCCAGGAUAAGAAUUUGGGCAGACCAAUCCUAACACGUGGCUCCGUUGCCGAGCGCGUGAUGUUGUUUGAGAAGCGUCCGGAUGUGCGCAACUCGUUUCUCGACAUCAAACGACCCGCGGAAGCGCCGCCCAAAAGUCUACUUAAGGUUAAACUACACGCGACACCGCCUCCGCCGCCGUCACAGGAACAGAAUUCCCUGCAGAAGGAGAUUAGAAGCUCAAAGAGUGUCUAUAUUCCCCGAUUCUACUUUCCACAUGGCAAGCCACAGCCAACAAUUGCCAUGGAGCGGGUUAUACGGGGCAUUUUAUCAGCCUUCGAUAGCUUUCCGAACAACCAGGUGACCAAGGAUGAGCUGCCACGCAUACUGAAGCUAUGCGGCCUGCCCUUCUAUUGGCGCAUGCCUGUCAUGAUCUUCUGCCAAGCAGGCACCACGGGUCUGGUAGAGCGUCAGCGUUUUGUUGAGUUCUGGAAACAAAUGAAUGUCUAUUGCCAUGAGGCGGCCUCGCGAUUUGUUUAUAUUUUGUCUCGUGGUCAGCGUUUUCGUUCUUAUAUUGUGCCGGAGGAUCUGGUGCCAAUGGUGCAGGACGUGGUUGAUACGCAUCCAGGCCUGGCCUUUCUCAAAGAAGCCACCGAGUUCCAUUCCAGAUACGUACACACGGUCAUCGCGCGCAUCUUCUAUUCGGUGAAUCGCAGUUGGAGCGGCAAGAUAACAAUAUCGGAGCUAAAGCGAUCCGAUCUGCUAGAGAUGAUCAGUUUGCUGGAGGAGGAGGACGAUAUCAAUCAGAUAAUGGCUUUCUUUAGCUACGAGCAUUUCUAUGUGAUUUAUUGCAAAUUCUGGGAAUUGGACAAGGAUCACGACUUGCUCAUCAAUCAGGACGAUCUGGCCAAGCACAGCGAUAAUGCCCUCUCUACCCGCAUCGUUGAGCGCAUCUUCUCCGGCUGCGUAACACGGAGCGACAACAAAAAGGCACCCGAUGAUGAACCAAAGAUGUCCUACACAGACUUCGUCUGGUUCAUACUCUCUGAGGAGGAUAAGCGCACGCCCACAGCCAUUGAAUACUGGUUCCGCUGCAUGGACAUCGAUGGCGAUGGCGCACUUUCAAUGUACGAGCUGGAAUAUUUUUAUGAGGAGCAACAACAGCGCAUGGAGGGCAUCGGCAUUGAGUGUCUGCCUUUUGAGGAUUGUCUCUGCCAGAUGCUGGACAUGAUUAAGCCUGCGAACCGUGAUUCCAUAACGCUGGGAGACUUGAAACGCUGCAAAAUGACGCAUGUGUUUUUCGAUACCUUUUUCAAUCUCGAGAAAUAUCUGGAUCACGAACAGCGUGAUCCUUUCGCCGCCCAGCGGGAUGAGUCUAACUCUGAUUGGGAUCGUUUUGCGGCACAAGAGUACGAACUGCUUAUAUCUGAGGAAAAUGAUUAAAACUCAUUUUGUCAACUUAUCUAUAUAUACACACCCACACACACACCCAUAAUCACUCAUGACAAAGAUAUUUAUUAACUUACAAAUUUUUAUACAAAUUUAUACACUACGUGAAAGAAAAUACUGAAAAAACCCAAAAAGAAAAAUAUUUUAGUGCAAAUGUGCAAUAAACUUAAAAACUAUUUAUUAAUAGGGCUAUUCCGUUAUUCAGUUGCACUGUUAAACCAAUCAAUUUUAGGCUGAAAUCGAAACUGAAUAGCGGAACACUCCGAAAUGAGUUUCGAAUAUACAUAUAUAAAAAGUUGCAUCAGUCACUCCUUUUUUGAGUAGUUAACCUUAGUCAAUUUAAUUUGUGCAAAUUUUGUUUAGUUGAAA